CCCCGACUCCUUACCUUGCGCGUAUCCGUCUGUUGGAUAUGUAAUACAUUCUGAUUUAAACUGAGUUAGUGAAGGUCUGAGGAGCUUUCCCUCCCUCCUUCGUCUUCCCAGUUCCUUACUUAGCCAGCCACCAUGGGAAAGUAAGUGAUUUCCACUUCCUCAUCUUUCCUUUGACUCUGGUCUUUACUCCCCGUUGCAGGCAGAGCCUCCGAGUUUUCUCGGGCUGUCCACCUGCCUCCCACUGAGCACCCAUGAAUGCAAUUUCCCAGAGCCAAGACCAGUCAGACCCUGGACUCCUUCCCCAGCCUCGGACAGAACUCCCCCUCCAUGCUUGGCUUACAUGGCUUGCCUGCGGCUCUGGGUUUGUAAGAGGAGAAAGCAGAAUUGAUCAGCUUUCCCCCCAUACCUCUCAGUGUUUCUGGACUAGUGUGGCAGAUACAGCACAGGGGAACUGUGUCCCCGCAGGGCACGAAGUAGCUGUUUCAAUUUGAUGGGUGGAGCCACUUUCUUCGUCAAGGCUGAGGAUAUGAUGAAUCCGGAAUCUUGGUCAGCAGAGGAUUUUGUAACACCGCUGAUGUGCUGUCCCCUUGCUGAUUCCCUUCGUGGGGGCGGUAGCAGCUCAACUCAUUUCCCGGCCUCCUCGGCUGCUUUUGUGUUCCUGGAAGCCUAAGUGUGAAGGCAGAUGCCUGGAGCCGGGCCGGGCCAUGCCGGGUGGCCAGGCCCCUUCUCCACAUUCCUGAUGUCUGUGUACACAUGCUCAGGGGAACAAGGGCGGGAGCAGUUUCACGGUCUGGGCUCCCUGUACUGCCGGGGAGCAGCCGCUAUCAUCCUUACCUAUGACGUGAACCACCCACAGAGCCUGUUUGAGCUGGAGGACAGAUUCCUGGGCCUGACAGAAACAGCCAAUAAUGACUGCCUGUUUGCCAUUGUGGGAAACAAAGUGGACCUGACCAUGGAGCGGGACACCGAGGGCGGGGAGAAGGAAGGACUGGCCUCUGGGAAGGUGGGCAGCUGUGUCUCCACCAAGGUACCCAAGCAGGUGCAUCCAGAGGAUGCAGUGGCCCUUUACAAGAAGAUCCUGAAGUACAAGAUGUUGGACGAGAAGGAGAUGCCAGCUGCUGAACAGAUGUGCUUUGAGACCAGUGCCAAGACCGGACACAAUGUGGACCUCCUCUUUGAAACCUUGUUUGACCUGGUGGUACCUAUGAUCGCGCAGCAGAGGGCUGAGGCGUCAGAUCAGAUCGUGGACAUUGCCAGCUGCAAAACACCCAAACAGACGAGAUCCGGGUGCUGCGCCUAACGGCAGGAGGUCUGUCUUGUCAUGUGUGGGGGAGCCACUGGGCUAAGAAGUCUCACACAACAGUGGGUACUGAGGACAAUGGGCAGAAUGACCACCAGCUGCUAAUACAGGCCAGGGUGCCCAGCAACCACUGGGCAUCCGGAGGUGGCACUCAAACCUUCUGUGGAGCCAGCCUGGUGCCACCUCAUCUGCUGCCCUAUGCACCCGUCUCUCAUGGAGAUGCCACCAUGGAGUCUGCAGUCUGAAGACCUGCCGUGGACUGUUCUUGACUCUGGAAGUCACUACAUCCUGCACUGCGUCUAUUCUCAGAGGCCUGUGUCCACUGUGAUUCAUAUAUGGUCUUCCUAUUUGAUACCUGCACCUUGAUAUGUUAUGAUGAUGAUACUCCACAUUUAAUUUAUAUAAAAUCAGGAAUGGCUGUUUUUAUACUGGGUAGGGCCAGAUGGGCUAUACAUUAUUAAAAAUGAU